AUGCAACUAAGAGUCUAUUUUGUGAUAACACUGUUGAAGAUUCUAGCAACCGGUCAAACAUGUUACUGGCCUAAUGGAGUCCCCAACGAUGUUGUCAAGCCCUGCCCUGUUACCGCGGGCACCGAAGCAGCUGCAUGCUGUUUCGAAGACCACUAUUGCCUGACAAAUGGUCUAUGCUUCGAGCCUUUGACGUUAACCAUGUAUCGAGGGGCAUGCACCGACGAGACUUUCCAGUCAAGCGGAUGUCCUAAAUACUGUGACAAGAGCGAUAUUCCUGGAAGUGACAAUUCGCUCCACAUCGGCGUCUGGACUUGUGGCAACGCACGAUUUUCUUGUAGCAAUCUGCAGAAUUGCGCAACCGGCAACUUCACCGCGGCGAGUACGGAUCUCGGAGACAUGGCCGCAUUUACAUCUACGGCUGGCAACAGUAGCGGUACAUGCUCCAUGGGCAAUGAUACAGACAGUAAAGGCAGCAUCUCCGCUGGCGCCGCAGCAGGUAUCGGAGUGGGUGUUGGUGUACCUCUUGCGAUUGCCGCCGGAGUACUGGCUGUGAUGCUGUUGCGCGAGAAGAAGAAGACAGCGACGACGUCACAGGCCUCAGAGAUGGUCGAGAAUGACGGCUCAAAAGCCAGUGGUCCAAGCAUACAGCCCGUUUGGGUUCAUGCCCAUACGGGCCCUCCUGAAUUAUCCAACCAGCAAGACGUUCGGCACGAGCUGCCACAGUAA